UUAAAUUUAGAUGGUUCUGGUCUGUGAAGUCAUCAUCUGUGUCAGAAUGGCUUCACAGAGCUCAGCAGGAGACACUGAGAUGAAUUCAAACAACACAGUGUUUGGUCCGACUUUAGCACAGCGGCACAGUAAGGUCAUUAUCGUGCAGGUGCUGGUGGUGAUUUUUCUCUGCAUCAACUUGUUGCUGAUCGUGACCUUUUUUAAAAACCAGUCUUUCUACACAACUGCUCGCUACAUCCUCUUUGCUGUGACGUUACUGUCGGACAGUUUCUUGUUCUUAGUGUCCGACCUUCUUUUCAUCUUCGCCGUUUUUCAAGUCACCAUGUGGGUAUCGUUGUGCAGCGUCAUCUGCAUCAUUAUGGGCUUGUACCUCAUCGUCACACCGGUCACUCUCACAGCGAUGACGCUGGAGCGAUACGUGGCCAUUUGUAUGCCCUUACGUCACACAGAGUUGUGCUCCACACGCAACACUCUACACGUCAUCCUCGUCAUUCACGGCCUCAGCUCUGUGCCCUAUGCCGUCGUUCUUUUCACCUUCUUUGCUUCAGCAUCUCUUGACUUUUACUAUCAAUACAGGAUAUGCUCUGUGGAGAUUUUAAUUGUGUAUAAAUGGCAGGAUCACGUCAGGUCAGCUGUGUUUCAGUUCUACUUCCUCAUCAUGUGUCUCAUCAUCAUGUUGUGCUACGUUAAAGUAAUGCAAGUGGCCAGAACUGCGUCAGACGAUGAUAAAAUAUCGAGCAAAGGACUCAAGACAGUGACUCUUCAUGCUUUCCAGCUGCUCCUCUGUCUCAUCCAGUUUUGGUAUCCUUUAAUAAUGUCCAGUCUAAUUCAUAUUGAUUUCACUGACUUACAACAUGUCCGUUUUUUCAGCUACAUAAUGUUUAAUCUUGCACCGCGGUGUCUUAGUCCUCUCAUUUAUGGCCUCAGGGAUGAAAUGUUUUUCACUGCAAUGAAAAAAUGCCUCUCCUGUGGCUUGUGUGACAGACAAUAAAAACAUUAACAUUU